AUGAGUGCCUCUUUUCCCUCCCUCUCCUCUUCCUCCUCCUCCUCCCUCUCCUCCUCUCCCUCCUCCAGCACUCAGUCCCGUGUGGGCGAACAGCCGAUAUUGGACGAUGACGACGUCUACCAGUUGCUGAAUCCUCGUCAACGGCACAUGUCGCCCACGAGGCCAACGCGUCCCACCACCUUGUCCGCGGAUUCCAUCUUGAAGCCAAACCCUGCUGAAGAAAACACUGAGAUCAGCGAAGGUGCCGCUAGCGUUGAACACCCUGUCGCUGCAGCUCAAUCCUCAAGAGUUUCCGAAGGUAAGUUAGUCUUGAAACAUUGCGACAUUCGCCGUCGGUGA